CGCAGACAUGGGCUCCAUCCUGAGCAGCGACAGGGACAACAAAGCCAACGCAGAGGACGACCCCAACCAGAGUUACGACUGCGCCGUGUGCCUGGAGGUGCUGAACCGGCCGACCAGGACGCGCUGCGGCCAUGUGUUUUGUCAGACUUGUAUAAAAGCUAGUCUGAGGAAUAACGCCUACGCAUGUCCUUAUUGCCGAACUUGCCUAUCCUCAGAAGGAACGCUCGCCGUGGACAUCAUGAAGAAGAUGAAAACUGUAUUUCAGAAUUGUGAGGAAUGUGAAGAAAAGAUAUGUCUGAGUGAAAUGAGAGCUCACCUAAAUAUGUGUCAGCAAUAUAUUACAAAGUAUGGACCUCUUGAAGAGUUAGGGAAGACACCAUGCAGAGAAGUAAUGUAUGCUUGUCCUUUCUGUCCAGAGGAAAUGGAUGAAGAUAAUCUGGUACAACAUUGCUUCUCCGACCACACUUCAGAGACCCGACUGGUGAUGUGUCCAAUUUGUCGCCUAAUGCCGGGAGGAGACCCCAGCUAUAAUUCAAGUUUCCUGAAGCAUCUUCAUGCAAGACACUCAAUAUACUAUGAAAACUAUAUUGAUAUAAACAUAGUGGAAGAGGCACUUAUUGAAAGAGUACUGGAUCUGUCAUUGAUACACUACAUGAGGCACUCUGACAGAUCCUAAGAGUCCCUAAGAUUCCUAGAUGUUCACUAUGGUGUAUAGAAGACUUGCUGAUGGACUUUUUGUGGCUUACAGAUGAAGACUACUUUUCUUAAUCAAAACAUGGGGUUAAAAAAAAUCCACAGAUAAAACAUUUAUUAUAGGUAAUUCUGGGGACUGGAUUCAGAGCUGACUAUUACCUGCUCUGCUGGACUUGUUAUAUGGCUGGAAGGGGAGGUGAAUGUGGUUCUCCUGGUGUUGUGGAGCUGGUUUGGAACGCACAUCACCCAAAGAUCCAGUUUUAGUGUUGGAGUAACACUCAAACUCUAAUGGAGAGAUUUAUCAAAACCUGUGGAGAGGCAACGUUGCCCAGUUGCCCAUGGCAACCAAACAGAUUGCUUCUUUCAUUUUUUACAGGCCUUGUUGUUAAGAAUGAAAGAAGCAAUCUGAUUGGUUGCUAUGGACAACUGGGCAACGUUGCCUCUCCACAGGUUUUGAUAAAUCUCCCCCUAAAACUCAGCCUAUGUUGAGUAUGUGUAUCAGACAAGCAUCCUUUGGUUGUUUAGCCCCUACAUCAGAACCUGUGAACUAGGAAACUGACACUGGCUAACCUGUAAUGUGAGAACGCAGAAAUCGAGCUGGCAGAAGAUGGAUAUACAGGGUGACUGGUAGAGCAAAUGUUUGACACUGGAGGAACAAGAUGGAAGAAGUCACAUAUUGGCACAAGAAAAGUACAGGGAAAACUAAAGCCAGCAAGAAUGUAAAAGAACUUUGGGGUCAAAUAUAAUAGAAUGUUUCCUAAAAUAUAGGAAACUUUAGGGCAGCAUUAUGUGAUCUACAAGUAAUAUAAAUAUUGCUGCCCUUUAGGAAUAGAAAGAAAUGUCCGAAAGUUGGCAUAGCUGCAGUCUGACUAACUAUGGAAUAUUGUCCUGUCAGUAUUAAAAAAUAAUAAGUGAAUGUAAGAGAGAAAAAACGUCAGAACAGUCAGCAACAAAACAGAGAUGUCUUUGUGCUGACUACGUAAAAAGGCCCGCUAGCCUGGUGGAGAGAGCUCACCGUAAAUUGAUGACCACUAGAAGUGUCAUACUGGGCUCACAUGACUGAUGACAAAGACGGUUCAGUUUAUCAGAACACUAAACUUAGUGUUAUCUACUUCUGCUGUCCUGUAUAUAUGUCACAUCUAUGUUUGUUCAGACUAGUCCCAGAAAUACCUUUUUAGUUUUAUGUAGCAAAAUGGGCAAAAUUGUCUAUACCAAUGUCAUUUUAUAUUGCUUUGCUCUAACAGCAUAACACACAAGGUGUCAGGGGAUAUCCGCUAUUCCCUAAGUGCCCAAUAAUACAGCUAUUCCAGGCUCAGGAAGAAAUGACUGUAGUGUUAGGACAGGAUGACCACUACUUUAUCUCCAUAUAUCUGUUAUGGAAAACCCAAGAUACAUGACAGCUUGUCAUUUUAUAUGAAUAGCAAUAAGGAUGUAUCUGUGUGAGUUGUGUGUUAGGUUUUGUUUUACUUCAGAUGAAACUGUCAUGUAAUUAUUAUUUUUUCUAACGUUUUACUCUAAUUGUAAUCUCACUUACACUCCUGUAAAAGUUUGUCCUCUUUGGGCAAUUCUUUUUAGUGAAGGGGCCUGCAAUGUUAAGCUGAUCAGAAUGUCUCUCUGUUCGGACCUCCUGUGAUCCACUGUAAUCUCUGGAGGAAUCCAGCCGUCAGUAUUCAGUUGCCCUGCAGCUCCACCCCGGGGGGAAGCAUUACUCUCUUCGUAUUACAAUCCAUAGGCUGUCUGUGCAGAUUACUCUCUUCGUAUUACAAUCCAUAGGCUGUCUGUGCAGAUUACUCUCUUCGUAUUACAAUCCAUAGGCUGUCUGUGCAGAUUACUCUCUUCGUAUUACAAUCCAUAGGCUGUCUGUGCAGAUUACUCUCUUCGUAUUACAAUCCAUAGGCUGUCUGUGCAGAUUACUCUCUUCGUAUUACAAUCCAUAGGCUGUCUGUGCAGAUUACUCUCUUCGUAUUACAAUCCAUAGGCUGUCUGUGCAGAUUACUCUCUUCGUAUUACAAUCCAUAGGCUGUCUGUGCAGAUUACUCUCUUCGUAUUACAAUCCAUAGGCUGUCUGUGCAGA